AACGUGGGGGGUGGGGGGGAUUCCUGAGGAUUACCCGUCAUGCCCCGCGGGUAAACAUGGCGACAGUGGAGUAGGGAGAGAGAACUUUCUCUGCGGAGCUGUGACUCAUGAACCCGUCGAACGGAGCGCCUCCUCCGGCCACUGGUGCCGCCGCGGCCCGGCGCUCCUCCGCAGAGCUCUGACUCAUUUUACCCCGCCUGUCGGAGCGCCUCCUCCGGCCUGCCGUCCCGCCGCGGCCCGGUGCUUCCCCCCGCCUGGCGGAGCGCGUCCUCCGGCCUGCCGUCCCGCCGUCCCGCCGCGGCCCGGUGCUCACCGGCCCGGAUCCCUUCGCAGCGCCCCUCCCAGACGCGUCCGUCUCCCGCGAGGAGCAGAGCGGAGCUCCGUCUGAAGUUUCCGCCGCUCUCCGGAGCCUGGCAGUGGAUCCAGCCCGGCCCGGAUCCCUCCAGGUGUCGUCUCGUCGCAGCCGUGAGUCUCGGAUCCUGCAAGAGGAAGAAGAGGAUGAAGAGCACCACCUGCUGAUGCUCAGCAGGACUGACGGAGGACGAGCCAGCGACCCCGCCUGCAGGCGCAGCGGCAGGAUGAGCAGCGCCGCCCCGGCCAGGAAGCCGUACCGGAAAGCUCCGCCGCAGCACCGCGAGACGCGGCCCGGCCCGCCGCCGCCGCCGCCGCCGGCCCCUCCGGCCGCCGCCGACCAGGACGAGCUCUCCGACUGUGAGCGGAUCAGAAUCCUCCAGCACCAGAAUGAGGACCUGCGUCGCCGUCUGUCCCUGUCCACCCAUAAGAUGGAGGCCAUGGAGGCGGAGUUUGACGGCAACCGUCACUACAUGGAGGCGGAGCUUAACCGGACCCGCGAUGACCUGGACAAAAUGAGGGACAAGUUCCGCAGACUGCAGAACAGCUACACAGCGUCUCAGAGGGCCAAUCAGGAUCUGGAAGAGAAGCUCCACGCUCUGGCUGCUGUCAGCCAGACCUGGGUUCAUGCACUGAGGAAGGUGGAGCGGGACAAGACGAUGGACGUGGAGAUCGUGGAGCUGACCAACAAGCUGCUGGACGCCAAGACCACCAUCGACCGCCUGGAGGAGCUCAAUGAGCGGUACAGACAAGACUGUAAUUUGGCGGUUCAGUUGCUGAAAUGCAACAAGUCACAUUUCAGGAACCACAAGUUUGCAGAUGUGCCCAUCGGAGCUGCAGGACAUGUGAACAAACACAUGAAGAACAGUCUCCCAGAGAGGAGCCCAGCCCCCGGCGCUCUGGACGCCGACACGCUGAGCCUGACGGGCGACGUGGUGCCCACGGCGGUGAUCGCCCGGGUGCUGGAGAAGCCGGAGCCGCUGCUGCUCAACUCGGCGCAGUCCAGCAGCGCCUGCCGGCCCGUGGCCGAGGACGUCUUCGUCCACGUGGAAAUGACGGGCGCCGAGGCCCGGGCACGCCGGGACGGCGCGCAGCACAACGGGUCCUGCCGCGGUCAGGCCGGCCCGGAGGAGGAGGGGGGCGGGGCCUCCGCGUUCGAGAAGCUCAACCCAGUACCGCCGCCGCCGCCGCCGCACCCGCUCUACCCGUGGGCGCAAGGUCAUCGAGUCUCGUCCGACGACACGGUGAAGAUCCCCAAAGAACUCGCCGCUGCCAACUGCACCUACGCCACGCGGCAGGCCAUCUCCCUGAGCCUGGUGCAGACGGACGGCAGAGCGCGCCCCCGCCAGCCCGCCUCCUCCGGGCCCGGCCGGCGGGACGCCGCCAGGGCGCCGUCCAGCCAGUCCAGCCCCUUCAGCAGCCCCCCACAGGCUCCCAGCGCGCCGGCGUCCUCGGGCAGCUCGGAGGAGGUGCUGGCCAACUGGCAGCGGAUGUUUGUGGAGAAGAUGGCGCCGGCGAGCGACGCACGCUGAUGCACCGCACGUCGUCUCAGCAGCGGCACGGCGCAGGAGCUGCAGGGGAGGCGGGGGCGGCGGCGGCGGGGCGGGGCCUCCCCCUCCGACCGCCGCCGCGCCGCCUACUCCGACGGCGAGGAGUGCGCGUCCGGCAGCUGGACGCCCAGCCGCGGCUCCAGCCUCGACACCGACACCGACACGAGCCGCGGCCGGCCGCCGGCACGACGCCGCCGGGCGGGCGCCUACGAGCCCACGGAACCAGAGGCUGACGGCGGCGGCGGCGGCGGCACGGCCAUCGCCGGGGCAACGGCGCCGGAGGAGGGGGAGGAAGAGGAGGAGGAGGAAGAGGAGGAGGAGGAGAGAGACGUUCUUCCUCACAACCUGCCUGUCAUCUCUCCCCGCCUCCUGAACUUCGACCCGCCCCCAGCCGCCGCACCGCCGCGGCCUCAGAAGAGCCCCAAGAGGAUGGGCGUGCACCACCUGCACCGCAAGGACAGCCUGACCCGGGCCCAGGAGCAAGGCACGCUGCUGGACUGACGCCACACCAAGCACAGGAUAUAGCCAUACUGCACACACACACACACCACACACACACACACACACACACACACACCACACACACACACACACACACAGUGCCUCUCUGACGUCAUCUGGAGGCUGUCAUGUGACAGCUGAUGUGUAAGCCCCGCCCACUGUGCACCGCCUGAACCCUGACUGUAAACCCACUGUACACCAUGACUGUACCAUCUGACUGCACACCGUGAUUGUAAUCUGACUGUUCACCCUGAUUACACACCGAUUGUACACCGUGACUGUACCAUCAGACUGUUCACCCUGAUUACACACCGAUUGUACACCGUGACUGUACCAUCUGACUGUUCACCCUGAUUACACACCGAUUGUACACCGUGACUGUACCAUCUGACUGUUCACCCUGAUUACACACCGAUUGUACACCGUGACUGUACCAUCUGACUGUUCACCCUGAUUACACACCGAUUGUACACCGUGACUGUACCAUCUGACUGUUCACCCUGAUUACACACCGAUUGUACACCGUGACUGUACCAUCUGACUGUUCACCCUGAUUACACACCGAUUGUACACCGUGACUGUACCAUCUGACUGUUCACCCUGAUUACACACCGAUUGUACACCGUGACUGUACCAUCUGACGGUUCACCCUGAUUACACCGAUUGUACACCGUGACUGUACCAUCUGACUGUACACCAUGAUUUUACACCAUGAGUGUAAGCCGACUGUUCACCGGUCUGUGCACCAUGACUCUACAGCGGGACUGAACACCCUGACUGUACACCGAUUGUACGCCCUGAUUAUACAUCGACUGUACACCCUGACUGUAACCAUGAUUAUACACCGACUGUAAUCUGACUGCACACCCGAUUCUACACCUGAUUGUAACCUUCACCUGAAGGCUCUUCAGAAUGUAACCAUCAACAGUUUUUUUUGUUGUGAAUCAUAGCAUCAACGUGCAGUUUGAGGUUUUUAUUUAGUUCUUUCAGUUUUGUCUGCUGACCUUAGGGUCAGACAGGUCGUCUGUGGGACCUUUGGGGGUCAGAUAGGUCAUCUGUGGUGACCUUUAAGGUCAGACGGGUCGUCUGUGGUGACCUUUGGGGGGAUAGGUCGUCUGUGGUGACCUUUGGGGUCAGACGGGUCAUCUGUGGUCACCUGUGGGACCUUUAGGGUCAGACGGGUCGUCUGUGGUGACCUUUAGGGUCAGACAGGUCGUUUCCUGCUCGCAGUAAAGUAUUGAUCGUCUCUUGACGUGUUGAUUUGUUAAACUAGUUUUCUUUCUAGACUCUUAUUUUAGACCGGAACGUCGAGACCUGUUCCAUGUUCCAGCCUGAAUCCUCUCUGGACCUCCUGACGGUUCGGUUCUAGGUCUGGCUCUAGUUCUGGUUCUGGCUUUAUUUCUGGCUCUGGCUUUGGUUCUUGAACUAAUUCUAGCUCUAGUUCUAGUUCUUGUUAUAGCUCUGGUUCUAGGUCUGGCUCUGGUUCUGGUUCUAGGUCUGGCUCUGGUUCUGGUUCUAGGGGCUGGUCUUUGGUUCUAGGUCUGGCUGGUUCUGGUUCUAGGUCUGGCUCAAGCUCUGGUUCUGGUGCUGCUGUGAGUGUUUCAGUGCUGGACUGUGAUUGGCUGAUGGAGACAGAGGAGCCCGAGGAGCUGUUCAGGUGCAUCAUGGGACAUGGAGUCAACCUCAAUGUGACACAAAAAACCACGCCCAGAACCACGCCCACACUGCAGAGCCACGCCCACAGCACAGAACCACGCCCACAGCACAGAACCACGCCCACAUCACAGAGCCACGCCCACUGCAGAACGUGCUAUGGGGAACAGACUCCAUAUCCCAGCAUGCACCCUGCUUCUCUGAUCUUCGGCUGAGUCUGAGCUGCUGAGGAACCCGGAGAACAAAGGUCAGGAGGUCAAACUGUGUUCUCACGUUCUCCCACUGCGGACGUUCGGUCUCCAGCAGAACGUCGGAUCAGAAUCCGCUGUGCGAAGCGGGAGAACGGGGAGAAGGUGCCGUCAGUAGCCCCGCCCCCUUGAGUGUUGCGUCACUUCCUGUUGGUUUCAUGUUUCAAGAACAAAGACUGUUAAAAUCUACUGACUUUAUUUUCCCAGUUGUAACUGAUGUAUUUUAAACAAAUAAAGUAUUUUAAAUGUA